AUGACUACAACUAGAUUGUUUGUGGGUGGGUUAUCCCCAAUUACAGAGGAAGUUCAUUUGGUCAACUAUUUUUCAAAGUUUGGGCGUGUGUUGGAUGCGAAAGUGGUCGUUGAUGCGACCGGAAGAAAUAAGGGGGUUGGGUUCGUUACGAUUUAUGGUGGUGAUGCUUGCGGUAUCCUUUCCGAGUGCCAUAUAGUGGGAGGAAGAGUGGUUACGGUAACUUUGUACUAUCCAAACAUGAGAAAAACUACCCUCUUGACAAAUCUAGAUGACAGUAUCAAACUAGACAAGCUUUGGCCACAUUUCGGCUAUUACGGCCGAGUAGUUGCCAUAAACCAGCAUCCAGACCCCUUUAUGAGAUUACUUAAUACGAUCCAUUGCUAUGUGACAUUCGAAGAUGCGGAUGGGUUUCGCAAGGUUGUCAAACAACAUCACUUUUGGAUCUGUGGCAUACUACUAAAGGUCAGGCCAGCUUGUGAGACUAAUGGAGGGCAGACAAGUGGAUCAACAGCUCAACAACCUGACCCCCUCGAAUCGAGAAUGUUAACACAGUUAGGAUAUCCAUGGUGA